CUCUCUCUCUAACGUUAUACACAAAACACACUCAUUCUGUCUGUCAUUUAAUUCUAUCUCUCCUCCCCGACUUUCCUUCGUUUCUCUCUCUACCUCUUGGCGAUUCUCUCUCUACUGUCACAGUUACCAUUUCUUCCCCGUAUUGGCUUCCUUCUUCCUCUCAUUUUCAUUUUCUCCCAAAAUGUGAGAUUCGUGAAGGGAGUUUAAUGCCGUUGGGUUUCAAAAAUUUUAUUUAAGCCAUAAAGUUGUUUUCUUUUUCAUCUAGUUUUCCUCUAAAGAAGGGUUUUUUUUAUAUAAAUAUAUAAUCGGCCGGUCGGUGCCGGAGUACGGCCCUGAAGAUUUCGUAUUUUGUUUGAAUAUAGUGAGAGUGAUAUUAAGAAAAAAUUAGGAAAAAUGAUGGUUAGAAAUGUAGUGAUUGGAAUGUUAUUUGUGACUGUAAUUGCUCCGAUUGUUCUCUAUACGGAUCGACUCGGAACCUUUCACACCUUCUCCUCCUCCUCUUCAAACGAUUUUGUGGAAGAUGUUACAACUUUCGCUUUCAAUGGCAACACUGGCCGUCUCAAUGUGCUUCCACAGGAAUCGUCUUCAAAAAUUAAAGAACCCAUUGGAAUGGUGUAUUCUGACAACUUGCACCACCAAUCUCUUUCGGAUUCCGGUAAAGUAGUCCGGGAAAGCUCUGCCGACACCGGCAACUCCGAAAAGGAUUUGUUAUUAGGGGAAUCAAGGGAGCAUGCUUCCGCUAGGGUAUUAUCUACUACGAAUGAAGAAAAUCGUUCAGUUAGUGAAAACGCUAUUAGACAAGUCACUGAUGAGAUUCAAGAUGGUAAUCAGGUGAAGCCUGAUACAGACACUGAAAGAGAUGGAAAGAAAGACGCCAUGGAUGCAGACUCGAAAGAAUUUCAGAAAAAAAUCAAUGAUGUGCCAAGCGAUACGGCAGUGAAGCAUGAACAAACCACUGAAAGUUCUGACAGAGUGGUUAAGAGGGAACCUGCGAAAGCUAGACCUGAGAAACAAAAUGAACGACCACCUAUUCCUGAUGCUCGUGUACGGCACCUCAAAGAUCAGCUUGUCAGAGCAAGAGUUUACCUUUCUCUUCCCGCUACAAAAAACAACCCCCAUUUUACAAGGGAGCUUCGUCUACGUGUGAAGGAAGUUCAGCGAGUACUGGGUGAUGCAAGCAAGGAUUCUGAACUGGGAAAGAAUUCAUAUGACAAGUUGAAGGCAAUGGAGCAGACAUUGACUAAAGGAAGACAAAUUCAAGAUGACUGUGCUUCUGCAGUGAAGAAGCUUCGGGCGAUGCUGCAUUCUACGGAAGAGCAACUUCGAGUGCACAAGAAGCAGACUUUGUUCUUGACACAACUGACGGCAAAAACACUCCCCAAGGGUCUUCAUUGUCUUCCCUUGCGCCUUACUACUGAAUAUUAUACCUUAAAUAAUUCUGAGCAGAACUUUCCAAAUCAAGAGAAAUUGGAAGACCCACAGCUAUACCAUUAUGCACUAUUCUCAGAUAAUGUAUUGGCAGCAGCAGUUGUUGUGAACUCAACAAUUACACGUGCUAAGGAUCCUGCAAAGCAUGUUUUCCACGUUGUUACAGAUAGACUCAAUUAUGCUGCAAUGAGGAUGUGGUUCUUGGUAAAUCCACCUGGAAAAGCCACUAUUCAAGUUCAAAACAUUGAAGAAUUUACAUGGUUGAAUGCAAGCUAUAGUCCAGUGCUCAAGCAGUUGGCUUCACAGUCAAUGAUAGAUUAUUACUUUAGGACACACCGGGCCAGUUCUGAUUCAAAUUUAAAGUUCAGGAACCCAAAAUACUUGUCCAUUCUCAACCACCUCCGUUUUUACCUGCCAGAGAUCUUCCCAAAACUCAACAAAGUGCUGUUCUUGGACGAUGAUAUAGUUGUGCAGAAGGAUCUUACUGCCCUUUGGUCUCUUGACUUGAAGGGCAAUGUUAACGGGGCAGUAGAAACUUGUGGAGAAAGUUUCCAUCGCUUCGAUAGGUAUCUCAACUUCUCAAAUCCUCUCAUAUCAAAGAAUUUUGAUCCACGUGCUUGUGGAUGGGCAUAUGGAAUGAAUAUCUUUGAUUUGAAGGAGUGGAAGAGGCAAAACAUCACAGAUGUGUACCAUACAUGGCAGAAACUGAACCGAGACAGGCAGUUGUGGAAGUUGGGAACCCUGCCACCUGGUCUAAUAACAUUCUGGAAACGCACUUUUCCGCUGGACAAAUCCUGGCAUGUGCUGGGUUUGGGAUACAAUCCCAGUGUGAGCCAGAAGGAUAUUGAAAGAGCGGCUGUUAUACACUACAACGGUAACAUGAAACCAUGGCUUGAGAUAGGCAUAUCCAAGUACCGUAACUACUGGGCAAAGCAUGUUGAUUAUGAUCAUCUUUAUCUGCGAGACUGCAAUAUUAAUCCAUAGUUGAAGCUUUUCUUUCUUUCUCUUUGAAAUGGUAUAUUUAUUUUCUGAAGAAGAGGGGGCAAGUGUUCUGUGGAUAUCAGCCAGGCCAUACAAUUUUACAGGUCUGCAAAUCGUUCUGUGUAGGCAAUUUUGAUUACAAAAACAAUAGCCUCUAAUUUGAUUCAUUUGUAUACAUUUUUUAUUUGUUUCAAGUAGGAUGGUGGUGGGAAUGUAUCCUUGUGUUACUUGUCUGCGGAAAUAUGGCAUGUAAUGUACUUGUAAAUAAUGGGAAGCUUUGAUAUCCUUGUAUCAUCAGUGCA